UCCAACCCAGUCUCUCCGAGCACAAUUACGCUAUACUUCCACUUGGCUAUCCUAUCCCUUUCACCUCACUUGGGUACUGGAUAUCCCCAUAUUAUACUAUCAUGUCAUCUUCACAAGGUGGUGUAGAAGAUACCUAUGAACUUCAGAACGACGAACGUCUAGACGACCUACAUUCGAAACUCCGUACACUUCGAGGAGUCACCACGGACAUAUAUGAUGACGUUGAGAGACAGAACUCGACUCUUGACCAUACACGAGACGCAUUCUCCUCGUUCGGUUCAUCACUAGCAUCAUCCUCACGACGUGCUGCAAAUGCCUUUGGUAUAGGCAACGGAGGUGUCAAGCAAUGGAGGAUAAUCGGCUAUUGCGUUAUUGCGCUCUUAGGCAUGUGGAUCACUCUGAAGGUCGUUUGGUGGUGGUACCCAUCAUCGCCUGCGCCGGAGCAUUAGGAUGCUUCACGCUGUUUGUCGUUUCUGUGAGGAUGCACUCGUCCUAUCGUCAUUGUAUGCAUUGCUUGACGUAGGGUUAAUUUAUGAUCUGCAUAUUGUAUUCUACUCGGAAAGCUAUCAUAUACCCCUUCAAUAUUGAUUGUCGCUUCAUGCAUCGUAAUAUUCCUCAGGAGAGACACGUUCUCAGAAUUCCC